AUGACUAAGCAUAAUAAGAUGGGAAAUACGAAUUCCGGAGAUAAAUUGCCUGAAGAAGUCAGAAGGAAAGCUAAAAGCGUUUCUGAGCGUACACCUAAUACAACCACAAAUGGCAAACGACUUCCAAGCAGUGCAAGAGCUUCAAUGUCGUCACAAGGAAAUCGCAGACCCAUACUGACCGUUAAUCAACGAUCAAUUAUUAAAUAUUGCUUAGAUAAUGCAAAAGAUGACUUGGCUGAUCGGAUAUUACGUCGAGCUGUGGAGAAGAAGGAUGAUUUCAAAACUUUCAUGGAUACUCUGCCAAGGACAGACCGAACAAACUUAUCAUCUGCUCUUCGCGACUUCUUAUUGGCCGUUUGUGACAACUUAACAGAUUCAGAAGAAAUUCAACGUCUUUCCGAAGAAUUUGGAACUCAAUUUGUACCAUAUCGUAAUUAUGGCUUUAAGCCUGAUUUCUUUGCAUGCACAGCUGAUGCCGUUACAACAGAAUGCACGUUUUUGGAUCAAGCAACCCACACAGCUAGUGAAACAGCUGGUAGUUGGUCGAUGCUAACUGCAUUUGUAUUUUCUGCAGUUCGGGAUGGAUAUUACUGUGAAUUACGAAAACAAAGAAGAAAUAGCUCUGCAUUUCGUAGCCGGCCUUCAGUAGAUGUAAGUACUGACGGUUCAACAGGAUGUGACAGACGCUCACGUUCUGCUUCGCCUGCUGUAGACGAACUCUCGCACUCCAGUGAAACAAAAGAACCAAAUAAUUAUCUUUUACCUCCUCAGGUCUAUUAA